GAGAGCAGGACCCGGUCCAACCCACCGCACCCCCCCUCAUGUAGAAACACAUCGGGAGGAAUAUUAUUUCAUUUUCCAGUCCGGCUGAGGGUUGUGGCAUGAGAGUGAUUAAUUGAUCUUAGCUUGGACCUGGUAUGAGUCUUGGUCAUAUAGAAAACCAGUUCAAUGCUAUACUCAUUGUCUCUACCACAGAAUGUUCUGGAAAGGCAAGGUAAGGAAUGCAAAUGAGCCAUAUACAGUAUCACUGAAAAACACAAAAUUGUGCUUCUUUCCUCAACACAUGAAGUCAUGUAGUGGAUAUACAAAGGUAUGAACAUUAAGCAGAUUUCAGUUAUGUGUUCUUUUAGGUAUCAAGCUAGACUACCAGAACUGAUUCCAGCAUCUGUCUUUGACGAAACAUGAUUCUGCUGACGUUGGCUGUUCUGCAGUUGCUUCCAUGCCUAGCAGUCCUUGUGCCCAGUGCUGACUACUGGGAGGACUGGGAGGCAUGGGGGGAGUGCAGCCGCAGCUGUGGAAGUGGUGUGACUAUGAGGACACGACGAUGCAUCACAUACAGGAAUGAUGGGGGAAAUAGCUGUGUUGGACCUGCUAAGUCUUACCGAUCUUGCAAUAUUCAGGACUGUCCUGAAGGAUCCAGGGACUUCAGGGAAGAACAGUGUGCGCAGUUUGAUGGAAUGGACUUCCAGGGAAAGCGCUACAAGUGGCUGCCGUACUAUCGAGCCGAGAACCCAUGUGAACUCAACUGCAUCCCCCAAGGAGAGAGCUUUUUCUACCGCCAUCAUCCGGCAGUGGUGGACGGCACGCCUUGCUAUCCUGGGCGCAGAGACAUCUGUGUGGAUGGAGUUUGCAAGCGGCUGGGGUGCGACAAUAUUCUGGAGUCUCCCCAGGAGGAGGACCCAUGCCUGCAGUGCGGAGGGAAUGGGCAGUCUUGCCAUCUGGUCCAGGGCACUUUUGCUAUGCGUAAUGUACCCUCAGGAUACAACCAGAUGUUUAUCAUUCCUGUGGGAGCAACAACCAUACGCAUCCGAGAAAUGGUGCCCACACGCAACUACUUGGCUGUCAAGAACCUACGGGGAGAGUACUACCUGAAUGGGGACUGGGUGAUUGAUUAUUCCCGGGCGGCACCCAUCGCCGGCACCACGUUGUACUACCAGAGAGGUGCGGAGGGGGACAUGGCCCCUGAAAGCAUCACGGGCCGAGGUCCUACAACUGAGCCUCUUGUUAUUGAGCUUAUCAGUCAGGAGGAGAACCAGGGUGUAGAAUAUGAAUACUACAUAUCCCAGAGCCGGGCCAGAGAAGGUUAUUUCUGGAGCUAUGGUUCCUGGUCAGAAUGCAGCAAGGACUGUGGAUCAGGCUACCAGUCCCGCCUAGUGUUCUGUGCGAUAGAUAAUGAAGCCUACCCAGAUUACUUGUGCUCCACCCUGCCACGCCCUCUUAGUAACCGCACCUGCAAUGUGCAGCCAUGUCCUCAGACUCGCAGGAUGGCGUACGUGUACCAGCCACAAAUAUGGAGGCCUUUGGAAAGGUCCAGAGUGCUCGUGUACAGCUGGAAGAUGGGGGAGUGGAGUGCCUGCUCUGCUCCGUGUGGGGGUGGCUCUCAGACGCGCAGCGUUCAGUGCAUUUCCCACGAAGGAAUUGGAUCCCGCGUGGUUGAGGACUCCAUCUGUGCAUCCUACUCAUCACAGCCUGUCAGCCAGCAGUCGUGUAACCUUCAGCCCUGUCCUAGGUAUAGCGUCACCCGCUGGAGCCAGUGCUCGGUGACCUGUGGGACAGGCGAGCAGACGCGCGAGGUCACGUGCGUAGGGGCGGGGAGCCUGCGGCUUCAGGAGUACUCGUGCAGCGGCCUGCUCCUCCCACAACGCGUCCAGCCCUGUCAGAUGCCUGCUUGCCCACUCCAGAUUGCCUGGCACAUUGGCGACUGGGGCCUGUGCUCUGUGAGCUGUGGUUCGGGGCUUCGUGAAAGGCAGGUGAUAUGUUCGGACAAAGAGCGGAACCUAUACGGGCCAGAGCGGUGCGCGCCCCAUCCCAAACCUGUCACAGUGGAGGUGUGCAACCCGCAGUCUUGCUUCAGCCCUCAGCUGGUUCCCAGUAAGCAGGACCCUAGAGGAUACGAUAAUACCUUACAUGGCUUCCGCCCUUUCCUCCCCGAUGACACCACAACAGUCUACUGGCAGGAGCACGGGGAGACGUGGACAAGCACCUUGUCUGACCCUCAGAGCAGAAUCUUACACUGCUCCCAGUCAUCUUAUGGCUGCUGCCCUGAUGGCCACACACAUGCAAGGGGCUCUAAUGGGCAGGGCUGCCCUCAGAAUGACUGCACACAGAGCAGGUAUGGCUGCUGUCAGGAUGGUGUGACAGCGGCUCAGGGUCACAACAAGGAAGGGUGUGCAGAGUAUGGUGUGAUCCUAGGGGUGCAGGAGUACAACCCAGCUCCUGUAGAGCCCAGCGAUGAGUGCCGUUCUGCUACGUAUGGGUGUUGCCAUGAUGGGGUUACCCUGGCUUCUGGACCCAAUGGAGAGGGCUGUCGGAUCCCCCCUAUGAGUGCUCUACAGCCUGGCUGCUUCUUGCCUCACACUGCCGGUCCUUGCAGUGAAUGGAUGUCGCGUUAUUACUACAGCCAGUCCGCUGGCAAGUGUGUUCACUUCUGGUACGGGGGCUGCCAUGGCAACCGCAACAACUUCCUGAGCAAGGAAGAUUGUGAAAAGGAGUGUCACAGCGUGGUGCGAGGCCAGCCACGGCCCGUCCAGGUGGUGCAGAGGAGGCAGCCGGCGCACAGCCGGGUGCGGGACAUGAGGAGAGUGUUUACCGUGAGCCACGGUGGACAGGGAUCCAGCGCAGCUACCCAGGCUCACAGAGUGGAGCACCACACACGGCAUCCUGUCGAAAACACGAUCCAGCACACCUACCCCACAGAGAGCCUUGGUGUGAGCAUUGAUAAGUCAGACCCCUCCACGGUGGAGGGUCGUGUGGGACAGACUGUGGUGCUGCCCUGCCGGGUGAGCCCACCCCCUUCCUCCACUGUUGUAGUGGAAUGGAGAAAAGAUGGGGUUGCUGUUCCUGCUGCCAGGCAUCAGCAGCAGCCCAACGGCUCUCUGCUCGUUGGGCCUCUUACUCUGCAAGACUCAGGCUGGCUGCUGUGUGUGGCCACAAGGAGGCGUGAAAGAGACCACCGAUAUAUAUACCUGUCCGUGUCAGAGGGAUCCUCAGAGAUGGUCCAGCGCCCCUCCGUUAAUCAAGAUGAGGGUCACUUGUCAAAGGUCAAUCAGCCAUCUAUCAGUCACACGCCAGGAAAGAACUCCCACAGGUUCAGCGUCGAUCGGUCAGGCUCCUCCGCGGUGCAGGGCCGGGCGGGGCACGCGGUCACACUUCCUUGCACGGUCACUCCUCCGUCUGCCACCAAAUUUGUCAGCGUCGAAUGGACCAGAAACGGACGCUCGCUCUCCUCUCGCAGACACACCCAGAAUUCAGAUGGGUCGUUGAGUAUUAGACAGCUGAGCUCGGAAGAUUCUGGUGUCUAUACCUGCACCGCCUCUAGUCAGUACCAUACAGACCAGCGACAGCUUCAACUCAAAGUGCAAGGAGACCUGAAGAUCACUACAGCUCCAAAUAAUAUCCAGGUGACCCAGGGUGGCACAGCACAGCUACCUUGUGUGGUCACUGGGGACAAUGUCAGUGUUGGGUGGUCAAGGAACGGUGUUCCAGUGCGUCCAGAUGGUCACCGCGUCCAGGUGUCGCCUGACGGCAGUCUGAUCUUGAACAACGUGCAACCCUCGGACGAGGGCUCGUACACCUGCAACGCCUACACAGGGACCUACUCCGUGAGCGCCUCGGCGGAGGUGCGCGUCGGCAAGGGCCCGCGGUCGGGUACGAGCGGCUCUGCCUCUAACUUCACUUCCCCGCUCUGCUGUCUUUGCACUCGCCUUCCAUCCCUCUUUCUGCUAGUCUUGGUCUUGUGCUGCAGUUGCGUUUCAUGCGAUCGUUCAGAGCUCGGAGCAAGGGAGAGCGUCUCCGCGGAGUGUGCGGACCAGCCGGAGCUGGCCAACUGUGACCUGAUCGUGUACGCUCGCCUGUGCACCAAUGAGUACUACUCCAGCUUCUGCUGUGCCAGCUGUGCUCGCCACGCCCGGGCCUAGGAAGGACGGGACCUGCUGGGGUUGGACCGAGGACGCCCGGAGACCACGUGGGGGGUUUCAUAUAGUCAACCAGGUGCGACCCAGGAAAGGGACCGUACACCCAAAGUAUGCGGAUAACAGUUUCACCGCUUCUCCCGGUGAACGUGCUGUCUAAUGAAACCUCCAUAUUCUUCUCCACGUUCAACUGUCGUAGACAUUGAAACACAUUGAUGAAUAUUGUAUAUAUAAUAAAUGCAACAUUUAUUUUUCAGGGAGUCCUCUGUAUUUCUGUGUUAUUCGUGUUUUAGUUUUGUUUAUGCUUCAUUUUAGUCUUUGCGGCAGCGGAGCGUGUUCUUUACGUAGGAGAACGAGGCACAGCGGAUGUAGACAGCCGCAGCGGGAACACGCUAGAGGGAAAGCAGUCCAUUUCGAGUCAGUGCUGAGCAAACGUGUUAUAAACUAAGCCAACGUAUUGGAUUGUGGAAAAGAAUCCGGAUGAUGGGUUAUGUUCUUAACUGAUGCAGACAAGCAUGUCUCAGCAGUCGCAUGACUUCUUUUCCCAUAAUGUAAGUCUUUCAACUGUUGUAAUAAUGAGCCCUGAAACGGAAAAAAAAGAAAGUGCUAAAAGAUGUUGAAAUGGCAAAAAGCAACGGAAAGCCUUGCAUAUAAUUUAAAACUCGAUAUGAUUAAGCAUAAAAUUUACUGGAAAGGUUAUUCCUUUACAAAUAUCUUUGUGUGGUUCGACUUAACAUUUUAUUUGUGCCAUGUAAUACUCUUAAGAAUAGCAGAGAGGGGUUACAAAGAGUUUACAGCAAUUACGUUACAUCGCCUUGUUAGGUUUCGUGUCGAUAUUUCAGAUUUCGUUUUGAAUUAGAUUUUCUAUGUGUUUAAAAGAUAUGACAGGAAUUUUUUACGUUUGGCGGAAAGAUGGGUGAACAUUUUGUGGAUCGGGAAAGUAUUAAGUAUUUUUUCGUGAAAAUUAAUGGUAAUUAAGGGUUUGUUCUAUGAGAAUCGACAUCUGUGUUCUGUCUCACGCCGACCCAGCAGUGCAUUACUUUUAGUGUGGCUUUUGUCAGAAUGUUGCUCCUUUGUAAUGCUUUGCGUUCGUCCUGUGCCUCAGAUGAAUUUUACAGUCACAGACACUACUUUGGACAGAAGAACGUUUUCCUGGGAUUCUCCGAAUGUUCUGUGUGUUCUGGUUAAAUCGGACUUUAUACAUUAUUGCUGCUUAUGUCUCAUCUGUGAUGGGCGAUUUUUUUAAAAACUGCUUUCUGCCGUCACCUUUCUGUUUCUUGUUUUUAUUUUUCCUUUAAUUUACAACAAAAGUGGAGUGUUAUGCCAAGAUGUAGCACAGAAGUGCUGAGGAUCAGUUGUAUGUUAUGUUUUAUUUUUCUACUUUUUUUCCAUAUUUAUUGUACUUGGAUUUUGUAUGAAGGUUGAUCUGGACUGGAUUUUUGGACUGGAAAUCUCUUUGUUACAGAAAUACAGUUCUGGAAUUUAUAUCGGAAUUACUAAUAUUUUUUAGACUUACCCUUAAAUAUAUGAAUAAUACUGAUCAUUUAGGUCUGAGUGCC